GCUGGUCACUAGUGUGUAGUGCGUAAGAUCGGUUGGUGUUCAAAAUGUCUCCAAAAAGUGUAGUUUUAGUGGUAGUACUAAGCGUGUUCGGCUCUAGAUCGGUGUCUGCUCUGAAGUGCUUCCAGUGUAACGGAGCAACCUGCACCAACGAGGCCACUUUGGGAAACGUAGUGCAAUGUCCGGUUGGCGAUCUAGUGUGCUUUUCCCAAUUUAAUGGAUUUCUUCUAACGCGCCGCGGAUGUUGGUCGGAGUUGGGAGGUGUAGUCUCGGUUGCUGAUUGCACCGGAGGGAACUGUGCAGUUUGUCAGGUGGACUACUGCAACGGGCUGAGCCGAACCGAUCACAGGUGUGUCUCUUGCACGUCGGCUGCAUACGGACAGUGCAUCAGCAAUGCGCAGGGGCUCCCACCAAGGCAGUGUGAGGCGGCUUCGGUGGAUUUGACGGAGGCGCAGUGUUAUACGAGAAUUAUUGGCAGCACAACGGAACGUGGUUGCGUCGAAUCGGAACGAACCUUGGAGGAGUGCACGAGCCCAACCUGCCAGACCUGUACCGGCAAUGGAUGCAACACCGCCGUAUUCCCAGCUGGUCGGCAAAUGUGCGUCUCGUGCAGUGGCGCCGCCGAAUGUAACGCCCAGACCAAUACCGAGUACUGCGCUCUGCCUUUUGAUAGCUGCGUUACGCUGCAGCGGAGUGAUGGAACUUAUGUAAAAAGCUGCGAAGGUGCCAUGGCGACCACGGAUCAGACGUACUGCCAGGCUAAUCCGGACAAAUGUUCUUACUGUGGAAUGAACGAAUGUAACACGGCCGAGCUGAAUACGGUCACAAGUCGGAAAUGUUACCAUUGCGAAGGAACCGGCUGUCUUCAGACCUCCGUGAAUAUUGAAACCUGUCACAACUCUGACGAUGUUUGCUUCAGCAUGUUUGAUGGAUUCAAUCCGGUGCUUCGAGGGUGCAAAUCUCAGCUCAGUCAAGCGGAAAAAGCUCAGUGCGAAGACGAAAAUGAUAAAAGUUGCCAGCUAUGCGCGGACGACGUCUGCAAUCUCGUCAGUCACGUGGACCACAAGUGCGAGUACUGCUCUUCAGUGUUUGACGCAAAUUGCAUCACCGCACCAAACAAUCCGGUUCAGUGUCCAGCGCCUACUACCGAAGUCAGCGCCGAUGCCCAGUGCUACACGAGAGUCAUUGGUUCCGUCACGGAGCGUGGCUGUCUUGGAUCGGCCACCGAUGCGCUGGAAUGCGACUCGACGGAAAAUUGCCAAACGUGUGCCAUCGAGAAUGGGGCAGCCUGCAACAAGGCCAUCUUCCCGACGGAUCGAAUCCGGUGCGUGGUCGGAAAUACCGCCGAUCACUACUGUCCAAAUCCGGCCGAUAGCUGCGUCCAGAUUGCCAACAAUGGGGCAAUCAUCACUAAAAAGUGCCAGUCAUCGAUGACGGCCGCGGAAGUGUCCUUCUGCGAGGCCAACAGCAACAAGUGCGACUUCUGCUGGGCCAACAACUGCAACCAGCAGGCCAUCACGUUCAAUUAUCUCGAGUGUUUCUCCUGCGAAUCAACAGUGGACGGUCACUGCACCACGAACCCGUCGGCCAUCACCACCGUAGAUCACUGCACCACGUGCGCAACGCUCUUCUCCACCUCGACCAACGCCCUGAAACGUGGCUGCCUCCAAAGUCUGACCGCCGCGGAACAGGCCCAAUGUGCCGCCGGAGAUUCCUCCUGUUCGACCUGCACGACAAACCGUUGCAACGGAGUCGUAUUCCCGGCGGAUCGUCUCUCCUGUUACAGUUGCGCCCAAGGGGAGUGUCACUCGCAUGACGGGAUCAGCGUGGAGUAUUGUGGGCAUUACAGUCAAGGUGAUAGCUGCGUAACUCGGUUGGAUUCCAGCGGGACGGUGACCUGGAUGGGUUGUUUGAGUUCGUUGAGUAGUGCUGAUGUGACCACUUGCAACGGGAAUGCAAAUCUUUGUAGAAAGUGCUCGACGGCGAAUUGUAACGAACCGGGGAAGGUCUUGGCCAGUGGAAGUUGCAUUCAGUGUGAUAGCUCGAAUGAAGGGGGUUGCGUUGGGCGAGCGUCUACGUUCGAUGCUGAACCUUGUAACGAUCCAACGAAUACAAAGUGCUACACCAUGAUGAUAUCCGGGAAGAUUGUCCGGGGUUGUGUCAGCGAUCUGAUAUCGACAGAUAAGACCAAGUGCACGUUGGGCCAGGACUGCCAUCAGUGCGAUGCGACCACGCAAAAGUGCAACACGGACAUCUACCCGACGACCAGGCUGGCUUGUUACACGUGUCUGCAACCGCCGUGCAAUAACCAUGAAGCGGUAUCGCUGGACUACUGCCAAGCGUACGUGAGCGAUGAACGCUGCGUGACCAUCACGGAUCAAUCCUCCGGAAGACCGAUUCGUAUGGGAUGCAAGAGUGGGUUGACGACCUCGGAACAGUCUACCUGUUCUGCAAGUAGUGCAAACUGUAAGCAGUGUGCUGAUUCCGGUUGCAACGACCCGUCAAACUACGCUGGAGCGUCAAGCUGCGUCCAGUGCAUCAGCUCAACGGAUCCGGAUUGCGUCGAGGCAGCGUCCAACUUUGUUGUUCAACCUUGUAACGAUCCCCAGAACUUUGCCUGCUACUCGCGACUGACUUCAACCGGUGCAACCGAACGAGGCUGCUUCAGCGAUCUGGACUCAACGUCCAAGACCCGCUGUCAAGCCGGCACCGACUGCCGAAUGUGCAGCACCCGGGCCCGGUGCAACUCGCUAGAGUUCCCCACCCAGAUCAAGUGCUUCCAGUGUGACUCCACAACCACGCCCGAAUGUAAGAACGCCCAACUUGGCACACCCUCGAACUGUCCGGCGUACAACACGGCCAACAAGUGCUUCACCGUGGUCCAGGAAAACGGAGACACGGUCCGGAAGUGUGGCACCGGAACUCGUGACGCGACCUGCGGAUCGUCAAAGUCGUGCGAGCAGUGUCUGUUCAAUGGCUGUAACAAGCGAGUUUCGACGGCAAUCGUGCCGACCAUUAUUCCGGAACCUGAAAUCGUUCCGAUCAAGAGUUCCGCCAACGGAAGGUUCGUCGUCGGGGGUAAUUUGGCGAUGCUCAUCGUCGUGGCAGUGCGAGUUAUUUUGAUGCGUUGAUGAAGAGAGAGUUGGGCGAAGAAGUGACGAUGUGACAUCAUUCAAUAAAUGUGAGAUGAAUUAUGACUAA